AUGGCGCGCGCGGACGCGUCGUGGCGCGCGGCGCGCUCGAUCCGACGUCGCGACCGCGCGAGCGACGCGUUCGAGCACGACGCGCCGUUCGCGACGCGCGCGGCGAAAGAGGUCGAGUGGCGACUGGUCACGCGCGACGGCGUGACGACGACGGCGGGCGCGGACGGGGAGACGUACGUCAAGGUGGCGCCCGAGGCGCUGACGGCGCUGGCGGCGCGCGCGGUGCGAGACGUGAGCCAUCUGUUGCGUCCGGGACACUUGAAACAGUUACGAGGGAUACUGGACGACCCGGAGGCGUCGAAGAACGAUCGAUUCGUGGCGUUGGAGCUGCUGAAGAACGCGUGCGUGGCGGCGGGAAUGGUUCUACCGGGAUGCCAAGACACGGGAACGGCGAUCGUGAUGGGGAAGCGCGGAGGAAGGGUGCUGACGGAUGGGGAGGACGAACGCGCGCUGAGCCGCGGGGUGUACGAUACGUACAAAACGACGAAUUUGCGCUACUCGCAAGUGGCGCCGUUGACGAUGUUCGAGGAGAAGAACACUGGAUCGAACCUUCCGGCGCAGAUCGAUCUGUACGCGACGAAGGGUGAUGAGUAUCACUUUCAGUUUAUGACGAAGGGCGGCGGAAGCGCGAACAAGACGUUUUUAUUCCAGCAAACCAAAGCCGUGCUCAACGAGGCGAGUUUGCUGUCGUUUUUGGAAGAAAAGAUUAAAAACAUCGGUACGAGCGCGUGUCCGCCCUAUCACUUGGCUAUCGUCAUCGGUGGACUGAGCGCGGAGCAAAAUUUGAAGACGGUGAAGAUGGCGAGCGCGCGGUAUUACGACAACUUGCACACCUCCGGGAACGAACUCGGGCGCGCGUUCAGAGACCUGGAGUGGGAAGAAAAGAUCCACAAGUUGACACAAACCAUGGGCAUUGGCGCGCAAUUCGGCGGGAAAUACUUUUGUCACGACGUGCGCGUGAUUCGCCUACCGCGUCACGGCGCCUCGUGCCCCAUCGGCCUCGGCGUUUCGUGCUCGGCCGAUCGACAAGCGCUCGGGAAGAUCACAAAAGACGGCGUGUUCAUAGAGGCGCUGGAAACGGAUCCGAGCAAGUACCUUCCCGACGUACGAGAGGACAAUCUGUCCAACGAAGUCGUGCACGUCGAUUUGAACCGGCCGAUGUCUGAGAUUUUGGCGACGCUGAGCGCGUGCGAGGUGACGACCCGGCUCACGCUCACCGGUCCCCUCGUCGUCGCCCGCGAUAUUGCGCAUGCAAAGUUAAAAGAACAGCUCGACCGCGGCGAGGAUUUACCCCAAUACAUGAAGGAUCACGCGGUGUAUUACGCCGGUCCCGCGAAGACGCCCGAAGGCAUGGCGAGCGGUUCCUUCGGUCCCACCACCGCCGGUCGCAUGGACUCUUACGUCGAUCAAUUCCAAGCCGCCGGCGGUUCCAUGGUCAUGCUCGCCAAAGGCAAUCGUUCCGCCGCCGUCACCCGCGCCUGUAAAACCCACGGCGGUUUUUACCUCGGCUCCAUCGGCGGCCCCGCCGCGAUUCUCGCUCAAAACAACAUCAAAAAAGUCGACGUCCUCGAGUUCCCCGAGCUCGGCAUGGAGGCCGUGUGGAAGAUUCAGGUCGAGAAUUUCCCCGCCUUCGUCGUCGUCGACGACAAGGGCCACAAUUUCUUUUUAAAGUGGACCGGAUAG